AACAAAAAUUAAUAGUUAAUAAUUUGUACAAUUGUUUCAUCGUCUGUAUUUUGUAUACCUUAACCUGCUGUAAGAAUACCCACUAGAGUGGUUUGUAUUCUGCCCAACACAGCGGACAUCGCAACAUACCGGGUUUAAUUCAAGCGGCGUUUGGAAGAUAAAAAAUCAAAGCAAGCGUGUUGCUUGAGGCCCGCUGUAAUUAGGUUAAAAGUGGCAACGAUUGGCAGUAGCAGCAGAAGCAUCAGCAACGUGAGGUGCGUGUGUCGUUGGUUAGAGUGAGCCGCCUGCAAAUCAACCAUGGCACACCAGCAGCAGGCCAUGGAUACGGCGCUGUUCGAACGUCGACUGCGACCGGUCUACGACAAUCUUGAAGUGGGAAACAACCGCAAAGCGCUACAGGAAUCAGAAAAAUUGCUACGCAAACAUCCAAAUUUACUUUGCGCACGUGCUCUCAAGGGCUUAUCACUUCUACGUCUGGGACGCUAUGAAGAGAGCCAUAGUUGCCUACAAUCCGUAGCCGAAGAAAAGCCCGUGGACGAUUCCACAUUGCAGGUGCUCUCUUUCUGCUAUCGUGAAAUGGAACAACUGGACAAAAUAGUUGAACUCUAUCAGCAUGCUGUCAAACUGAAUCCAGGCAACGAGGAACUGCUGGCACAUUUAUUUGUAUCUCAUGUGCGCGUGGAGGAUUACAAGGCACAGCAGGCUGUUGCCCUUCAGCUGUACAAGGCACAGCCAAAGAAUGCCUAUUACUUUUGGUCCGUGAUCAGCGUGGUAUUCCAAGGCAUCCGUGGCCCCGAAUCCUGCAUACCUGAGAAACGUAACCUUUAUCUGGCAUUAGCGCAGCGGAUGGUUGACAAGCACAUCAAGGAGGGCAAGCUGGAGACGGAGCAGGAGGCAUUCCUCUAUUUGCACAUAUUAAAGUUGCAAAACAAGUACCAGGACGCCUGGGAGUUUCUUACCGGCGAACUGUGCGCUAAAUUAUAUCCUGGUGCUCCCGUUAGCAUGAAAUUUGAGCUGCUCAAGAAGUUGGGCAAUUGGCUGGAACUAAAUAAGCUGCUGCAAGAGCUUCUCGAUGCCGAUCGAGAUCGCUGGGAUUACUAUAAGGAGUAUCUGCAAAGCUGUUUCGAACUUCUAAAGCAGCAACCGCCGGAGCAGCAGGAGCCAGCAUACUCGCUGAAAACUUGUCAUGACUUUCUAUUGCAGAUAAUUAAGUCGUCGACGCGCAAGACGCGUGGUCCUUAUUUGGCGCGUCUAGAGCUGCAUCAGCGCAUGCGUGCCCAUCAGCUGCCUGCAGAGGAGCUAGUCGGUGACUUUGACGAGCUGGUCAUUGAGUAUUUUCACCUGUUUGGCGAUAAGUCUUGCUGCACCCACGAUAUAGCACUGUUUUUACCCUCAAUAAGCAUGGAGCAACGACAAUCUUUAGCCAGUAAACUGCUAGCGGAAAGCGGCGUUAGCUCAAGCUCCUUACCGCAGAACAAGGAACACAUGCAGAAGCAUAUUUGUGCUUUGCAAAUUUCUCGCAUGUGCGGCGCUCACAUUGAGCUGUCCACAGAUCAUUUGAUCGCCUUUUAUACGGCACUUAAGCUACACUAUGAACAUGGGCACAGUACGUUUGGUAAGGAACUGCUGUCUACGGAAAUGGGACCCUCGGAUCCGUAUGCACUUCUUGCUGCAAAUGUAAUGUACGAUGUGUCAAAGCGGGAGAGUAAAUCGGAUUAUUUAUUUGAGGCGCUUUGCCUGCUGCAAUAUGUGCUACGUAACAGCACUAGCAAUUUUCAUGUGAAACUGCUCAGCUUGAAAAUCUAUCACAUGUUUGGGUGUAUGGUCGGUGCUCAGGAAAUGUAUGACUAUUUAGACAUCAAACAAAUUCAGCUGGACUCAAUGGGUUAUGUGCACUGUAAUCUUUUGCCCCUUUCCGGUCGCUUUUCGGGCGUUCGUAAUUGCUACGAUACCACAUUGAAGUUCUUCACAAAUAGCUAUAAGGAGCGUUUGGAAUAUAUUUCGUUAACUUAUCGCUUCUGUACAUUCUCGAAGAUGGAGGAAUUUAUGAACUUUAAGGAACGCCUGACAAAUAGUUUAAUGUAUGUGGCCUGCUCGGUGGAGGCGCAACUGUGCGAUAUAGUUUGCUUUUAUGGAAGCAUUCAACAAAAUCUGUCAGCCUAUGUGGCAAUGAGCAUAGAACCCGCUGACGAUCGUAUUUCGUGGAACGAGCUAAGCGAUAAUCGAGACUUACAGGCCAUUAUUCGCUGGGAUCCCUUGCAUGUAGAUGAUACGGAAGCUGAGCGAAAGGAAUCAUUUGAGCAGGAGAUUGAGGUGCUGCAAAUUCGCUCACUACUUCUUCGCUUAUUCGCCUCAUUCAUUGACCUUUAUCAUGCACCACAAGGUGCCAAAGUGGCCAUGUCAAAUGAUAAGACGAGAACUCCAACACCGGGCGACGACAUAGCUACAGUGGAGCUAUUACGCACAUCAUGGACAGGCCUCUUCCAGCGUCUUCGGCUGAUGAACUAUAAACCGCUAUCGCAAAAUUUUCUAGUCAAUUUGCUGCCGACGCGUCUUCAUUUACUGCUCAAGCUGCCUUAUGAGAGUUUCUUCGAUGACUUAGCGCAGCUGGUGAUGGAUUUGUACAGCGGAGCAUCGCAACUGGCACUGCAGUGCAAAAAGGUUAGCGAGAAUGUGGUUUCUGUUAUGGAGCUGUGCGUGCAGACAAUAACGGAGAGCAAUGAGUGGAAUGGCAUGGAUGGUCUAUGGAAGCGUCGCGAGCACCAGCAAAAGGUGGCGGCCAGCUUGGAGAUACUUUCACUUUAUGCCUUCCUAUUAUCGGUGCUGAAUGACAAGCUGCAAUGCAGUGCAAAGACAAAAGCAAAAAAAAAAACAUCGGGUGAUAACAAAACACAGGAGCCGAUUAGUGAGAAAGAGCGUAGUCAAAUGCUCCAAGAGCUAAUGCGUCAAUUGAAGCAUAAAUUGGAGGCCUGUGAUGCAGCCAUACGCAUAUGGAAACCGCCUACUCUGCCACGUGAACUUAGCUCAUUCAUGGCCGAUAUGUCACUUAAACCGGAAGUGGAGGCCACGUUAAUUGGCGACGUUUCCGCCACAUUUAAGGAGUCCCAUGAACUGAUGAUCACCGAGUUGCGCAAUCUGCUAAAAGACAAAAUACGCAUGGUUGGCAAAUAGGUUUCACAAACAACUGACUUUGCUGUGCAAAGUCUUCGUUUAUCUUCCCAACUGCUAUAAAUCAUUUCAAUCAUCUGAUACAGCCCAACUCAGUUUGUUAUUUAAUAUUUUAAAGGCAAUUUAUAUAUGCCACGUUCGCUAAUCCUAGCUCCACUCUGUCACCUACUUACAAUCACCAAUCAAAUUAGAUUAUUGUGCACUUUUUGAAUUACAUAUUUUCGGCAUUUUUGUACAACAGAUAAGACGUUGUAAUCUUGUAACGUUCUUGGUUAA